AUGGCGAGGAGCAACGGACCAGUAGUUUUCCUGCGGGUGGUCCUCACUCUUGCUUUCCUCCUCUCCACUCACGCCGCGCCCCGAACCUCCUCAUCUCACACCGUCGGUCCAUCCCUCAGCCAUGAAAUCCGCGAGCUGAAUAAAAUACCCCAUGCUCGUAAGCUACUCGCCGUGAAAGCGACAGUCGCUGACGUGGACGACAACGUUGCCGAUGCUGGCGGCAUCGGUUCUGACGCAACGAGCGCUGGAGGCGCGCCAGCUAAGGAUGGACUCGAAAUAAUGCAGCUCGAGUCUGCCUCCGCGUCCGAGAAUCUCGAGGUGAAUACGGAGGAAGUGCUUAUAACGGAUGACGAGUCGACUUCAAAAAAGGACAACCCGGCGGACGAUCAGGUCUUUAACGAUGGGAUCACGCAGCCGAGUCAGGAUUCUUCUUCACCCGCCGAAAAAUCGGUCGACGAGGUUUCCACGAGGUCGGACGAUUCGUCUGACGCGGAGCAGCAGGGAGGCAGCGAAAUCAGCGGAGGCGACUUGGGAUACGAUCCGGAGCUCCAGGCCUUUGAUGACGUCACGGAGCCGGACGACGGGAUCGCGGAAGACGCGGAGGAUGCGGAGGAGGAUUCGGAAGACGAUACGGAGGACUACUCGUCAGUAGGGAUGUCGGAAGGGAAUACGAAAGAUGACGAUGACGAGGAUGACGAUGUGGAAUGGGAAGAGGAUCUCGACUUCCUCGUGAAACCCGACGAGGAAACCGCUUCGGAGAAGGAUGUGCCUCAUCCUGGAGCGACAGAGGAAGCUGCGGGGGGGUUGGCGGAGGGCGGGGGAUUGGCGGAAGGAGCAACUGCGCCAGUCGCGGUACCGGAGCAGGCGGAACAAGGAGGGCUGGCCGUUGCUGCAACGGACGACAUUAAUAAGGGGCCUGAGCCGCAGGUGUUCGACGAUGUUAACGAGCCCGCGGCUAAUAACGCGGAUAGGACUGAAACGGCUACAGUAAGAGACGGAAACAAGGAAGGAUCGGGCGUUGAAGCCUUGGAAGAAAGCAAGGUGGAGACGAGCAGUGCGAGUGACAAUAAAGAGGGAGGAGGCAUUGACGAGGGGCUGAAGGAGAUUGUUGACAUUGAUGCCGGGAUUACCGGAAACCCCAUCAGCAUGGUCAUGGAGGAGGAUAACGAGUCUGCUACUAAAGGGGCAGAGGAAGUUCCAGACGUAGAGGGGCACCGGAGGGGAUGGAAGAGGCUUGAUAGUGGUGGCGUGGCUGGUGGUUAA